GGUGCCAUUCAUGCUGCAGAGCACCUAGCGGGCCAGGCUCCACUAUGACCGGGCUGCUUCUGCCGCCGCUGCUGUUGCUGCUUGCCGCCCUGAUCCCAGGGUCGCGAGCGUCGGGGACGCCAUCCUUCCGCUGCUACCAGUGUCGAGUGGCCAACAACGAGGACUGCCACGAUGGCUACCUCAAGACUUGCCCCACGGACCAGGCAUACGACGUCUGCAUGACCAUGGUCGUCAAGAAUGCCCAGCAGGGUUUCUUCAUCGAGAAGAAAUGCGCCCUGGGGCCCUGCAACCUGCGCGACGAGAAGCAGAGCCAGGGCUUGGGCCUGGACACUUGCGACCGCUCCAAGGACUCGUACAGCUGUUUUGAGUGUUGCAAAGGCGACGGCUGCAACACGAACGCCGCCCGUCGCCGAUCACCGCUGCUCUCGAUGCCCCCACUGCUGCUGCUGACCGCCGUGCUGGCCGGCCGGAGGGCGUGAGUUCGCAGCGCCACUGCCCACCCCGGCCUCUCUCGCGCCUACCCCAUUGCUCGCGUCUGCCUUGGCCACCGAAGAAGGCCGAUGUGCGGGCGACGGGCCCUCAGCGCAACGUCCUGAACGGUACAAAUCACGCCGGGAGCUCUCCCCUCGCCUCCUCCGCACCCCGAAACCGCAGAACCACGAGAAUCCCACGGCGCGAGGCCGGCGGAUGGGGCCGCGGCCUGCAGCCACAAGCACUUUCCGUGAACAUCCGUGCCGUGACCACACUCGACGGCAUUUGCACCUACACACGAACACACACGCGCGCACCACCGACACACACACACAAAAGACUUCCCCUCGCGCUUGUCUUUCUACUCGGCUGACGUCAAAUGUGGCCUCGAUGAAACUCAACGCAGCGUAGUGCAGACGCAAAGGAUGAGCAAAAACAAAAGCUGAUUUCAUUAGUUCGCUCUCCGGCUCAGAUGGUUCUUGCACACACGUUCAGACGCGUCCUUGGUAAGUUACGCUUGGGUGUCAUUGCUGUGUGCCGCGCUCCGACAUUAAAGGACGACCAAGCUUGUCUCGGCUUCCGAGAAUGCUCGCAGGAGCACAAGCGUUCGAGCUCCAUCUUCGGCCAAUGUGUCUACUUUCCACGUCGUGUUGCCGCGCUCCACUGUGGUUGAGGCUGUGGUUGCCGUGCAGGUACUUUGGUCUCGAUUACUGCUAAAGCAGAAAUAAUAGUGUGUCGGGAUUUUGAGUGAGCUUGUGCAUUGAGUUAUCAACACGUUUACCCCGAAACAGCUCUGCACGACCCUCAAUAUCUUACGGACACUUUUGACUUAGUCAGCCGUCGAUAUGGUCAACUGGCUGUUUGCCACUCAUUUGUAUGAUCGACGUUCAUAUUUUUUUUGAACAUGAGCGCAGUAGCCUUAGCGCCAAAAGGGCAUCACAUGUUACGUAUUACAUAAUUUUGCAUUAAUGGGAUAUUAACGAAACAAAAUGAAUAUACAACUAUAAUUAACAAAAAUAAUAAAAAAGAAACUUUAUUAGUCACAAAACUAUGUUUCUUUGAUAUGUUACCAGUUUCAAUAUAUUUCAUUUCAGCAUGAGUUACGCAAAUGAUGGGACGGCUAGAUUUGAGGCUUUUCAGACCUCUCAUAAACCGCACACGUGCUCACAAUCAACAGAAACAUCGAAGGAAAUCAGUUCGGAAGGGGCACUAUGCGAGACGCGUGUGACCAAAUUUCAAAGACGCAAAUCUUUCUUAAGGUAGCACACUUGUAAAGUACGCUAAGUCGAACAGUAAGUAGGCUUUGUUAGCCUGUUUUUCUUCAUCCAGCGGCCGGACUUCCCUAUUUUUUUUAUUUCUCUUUCAGGGAACCGACUACUUUCUUCUAAGCGCACGAAUAGAACAUUAUGUAACGCGCAUGAAAGCCUUCAAAUAUAGUAUAACGAAUCUCUCCACUUUGAACGGCUACUAUCACAUACCUGAUCACCCCUCUUUUACUGUCCAUUCCUAUCAAAAAGAAAAAAAAA